AUGACGACAAAAGCCGUCGCUGUCAUUGCCGGUGCAGGACCGGGAACGGGCGCGGCGAUUGCCCGCCGCUUUGCCAAAUCGUAUGGAAUUGCCUUGCUUGCCCGCAGCGCCAGCUCAUACCAGCCGCUUGUGCAGGAGAUCUCGUCCAGUGGAGGUCGUGCCAUUGGCAUCAGCACCGAUGUAUCGGAUGGAACCAGUGUCAAAAGUGCCUUCGAGCAGAUUACUACGGCUUUUCCUGGCGCAGCCCUAGCCGCGGCGGUGUACAAUGUCGGCGGCUGGCUUCCAAGCAAGCCCUUUCUGCAGCUUUCCGAAGACGACUUCAAAGCUGGGUUUGAGAGUAAUGCGUUGGGUGCGUUCCAUUUUUCACAGGCAGCUAUCCCAUUGCUUUUGAACGCUGGCAAUCUUCAAUACCCUCCUACUCUGAUCUUUACUGGUGCUACGGCAAGCUUCAGGGGCUCAGCACGUCUUGGCCCAUUUUCCAGUGGGAAAUUUGCACUCCGUGCUCUGUCACAGUCGUUGGCUAGGGAAUUUGGGCCCGAAGGCAUCCAUGUGAGCCAUGUUAUCGUGGACGGAGUCAUCGACACCGACCAGACAAGGACUUUGAAAGCCGCCACUCCAGACGCAAAGUUGGACCCAAAAGCGGUCAGUCAUCAGUAG